GACGGCCCCGGGGGAGGGAGCACCCCGCUGCUGAUCGCCGCCCGGCACGGGCACCUGGAGGUGGUGGAGUAUCUGCUGGAUCACUGCGGUGCCCGCGUGGAGGAGGGAGGCUCAGUCAACUUCGAUGGGGAGACCAUCGAGGGGGCCCCGCCGCUCUGGGCGGCCUCUGCUGCCGGGCACCUGGGGGUGGUGCGCAGCCUCCUGGAUCACGGCGCGUCAGUGAACCAGACCACGCUGACCAACUCCACGCCGCUGCGGGCUGCUUGCUUUGAUGGGCACCUGGAGAUAGUGCGCUACUUAGUCGGGGAGCGCGGGGCUGACCUGGAAGUAGCCAACCGGCACGGACACACUUGUCUGAUGAUUUCUUGCUACAAAGGGCACCGGGAAAUCGCACGUUACUUGCUAGAGAAAGGGGCUGAUGUCAACCGCCGGAGCGUGAAGGGGAAUACGGCCUUGCAUGACUGCGCUGAGUCCGGCAGCCUGGAGAUCCUGCAGCUAUUGCUCCGCUCCAAAGCCCGCAUGGAGAAAGAUGGCUAUGGCAUGACUCCUCUGCUAGCUGCCAGUGUCACCGGUCACACCAACAUUGUGGAGUACCUUAUCCAAGGAGGGCUGCAGCAGGAGGAGGAGGAGGUUGCAGGGAACCAAAAUGGGACCUGUGCAUCAGGUGGGAGCCAUCAGAGGUGCUGCAGCGCUGACAAGGAAACUCCUCAGGGCUGCGAUGAAGAGGGGUGUGAGAAAUGUUGUGCCUCAGCUUCCAGUCAGGAUGAGCAGCAGGUCCCUAACGUGUUCUGCACUCGAGAGGCUGCUGUGGAAGCACUGGAGUUGCUGGGUGCUACAUUUGUGGAUAAGAAACGUGACCUUUUGGGAGCCCACAAGUACUGGCGAAGGGCGAUGGAGCUUCGGUGUGAGGGCGGGCAGUACCUGCCUAAACCUGAGCCCCGGCAGCUGGUGUUGGCCUACGACUAUUCCCGGGAAGUGAGUUCGCUGGAGGAACUGGAGGCCUUGAUUACUGAUCCAGAUGAGAUGCGCAUGCAGGCACUGCUGAUUAGAGAGCGCAUCUUGGGUCCUUCCCACCCAGACACUUCCUAUUACAUCCGUUACCGAGGGGCAGUCUAUGCUGACUCCGGCAACUUCGAACGCUGCAUUAACCUGUGGAAGUAUGCUCUGGACAUGCAGCAAGGCAACCUGGAGCCUCUCAGCCCGAUGACUGCCAGCAGUUUCCUUUCCUUUGCUGAGCUUUUCUCUUACGUGCUUCAGGACCGCUCCAAAGGCACUUUAGCUACCCACUUGGGCUUCUCUGACCUCAUGGGAGUACUGAGCAAAGGGGUCCGGGAGGUGGAGAGGGCGCUCGUGCACGGCAAGGACCCUGUAGUUGACUCAGCGCAGUUCACCAAGACGCUGGCCAUUAUCCUCCACCUGGUCUUCUUGCUGGAGAAGGUGGAGUGCACCCCGGAGCAGGAACACCAGAAGCGCCAGACCAUCUACCGCCUGCUAAAGUGCAGCCCUCGGGCCAAGAAUGGCUUCACUCCUUUGCAUAUGGCUGUGGACAAAGAUACCACAACAGUGGGACGUUAUCCCGUGGGCAAGUUCCCAUCGCUCCACGUUGUGAACUUGCUUCUGGAGUGUGGGGCUGACCCAGAUAGCCGUGACUAUGACAACAACACCCCGCUGCAUGUUGCUGCCCGCAACAACUGCCCGCUGAUCAUGAGUGCCCUGAUGGAGGCUGGAGCCCAUAUGGACGCCACCAAUGCCUUCAAGCAGACUGCUUAUGAGCUGCUGGAUGAGAAGCUGCUCACCAAGAGCAUGAUGCAGCCCUUCAAUUACAUCACCCUCCAGUGCCUUGCUGCUCGCGCCCUGGACAAGCACAAGAUUCCCUACAAGGGUUUCAUCCCUGAGGAGCUGGAAGCCUUCAUUGAACUGCACUAGGGCGGGAGAGCUGAAGUCCCCAGCCUUUCCUGUCACCUGUUUCACCCCGCAGAGGUACCAGAUAUCUCCAGUGCACUGUAUCCAGAGAAGGCUGCAGCCCCUGCCCUUUCCCAUGCCAACCGUCUUGUCCUGAGAAGGAAGGAAAAUGGAGAUCCCUGGGACCUGCUGCCUCUCCCAUUAGUGCUGGAUUAACUCAGCGUUAAGCUUUGGAGCAGCUACACAUCACACAUGUGCUCUAGCCCUUCCCAUCCUAAAUGCCGAACAGAUAGGAAUGCAAGUGAGGAAUAAAAUAUCUUCCAACUAAUUCUUUCCCCACCCCCUUCUCAGAUUUGGUACAGUAUGAGUCUAACAGCCGAGUGGCUUGUGCUCUGCUGAGGUAGUUGCCUUGCAUGGCAGUAGGGCUGGGUAUGCUGAGGACGUUUUUUUUUCCUCCCUUGGUUGGCCAAGUAGCAAGUGGUGUUAAAGGCCUGAGAUUUCAAUGAUUGUGCGUAAAGGUGGGUUAUUUUUUCUCUUUUAGAGCCAGGCCCUAUCUAUGCUGCAAGACAUCUUCAAUCCUGUAAGAUAUAGUAAGGUCAGUUCUGGUUAUAUAGUUUCAUCGAUAGAUGUUGGUUUUGAUGAAUGGGGAGGAAAAACUGCUACCUUAAAAAGAAAAUACUAACGUGGUGGUUAGGCCCUUAGCUUGCCCGUUCUGCACACGUUCACUCCCUUCCCCGCGUGGAGGUCCUUUAGCUCCAGAGGUCAGCAGGGAUUGAGCUGUACAGGGUGGUUAUGGCCAGGUUUCAGAGCCAAACCAGCGCACCUUGAACCAUCUUUGAGGAUGUGCUCUUGGAAGCCCUCUAGGAUGGGAGGUACUUGUAGCGUGGGUGGUGCUCGGGGGGUUAUUAAAGCAAGUGAGUGUUGGUGGCAUGUUUGUAUGAGGGCGGUCUGAAGGAAGAAGCAAGAAAGAAAUGAAAGUUUAAGGUGCCUUCUUGUUCUUCUGAGGUUUAUUAGUAUCAACCAAUUGGGUUCUCUUAAUUAUCCUGUUCUGAAACCUACAUGGAGUGGGUUGUUAGCAUCUGGUUUUGGCUUUUGGUUCUUUUUGCAGCUUUACUGAGGAUGGUGCUACUUCAGAGAUUGAAUUUGAAAUCUCAUUUGGCUACUAUUCGGGCAAGCUCCUUUCUUUAAUUAGGAUGUGCACACAACUAGUUUUUCUCUUUAAAUCCGUAGUCUCAGGGUAGGUAUUUGCCUCCAUUAGCAGAACCCUCCUUGGUGGUAAACAGUCAGUGUUGGUAAACGUGAUGCUGUUCCAGCAGUUUAUCUUCUUGCAGGGGGAGUGGCUGGGCUUUGGCAGCCUGUGGCUCAUUUCUUGGCCCCAGGCAGAGUGGAAAGCACAGUUGGGGGUGAAGCAGCUGCCUCUGAGAUUUGGGAAAGGUCAAGACUGGGAGAGUAGAACCCUGAUAAACAACCAUGCACUAUAUGCUACUGAAGCUUCUCUACUUUUAUUUAUAAACCAGCAUAUCCAUAUGCCUCAAUAAUCCAAUGCUCUCUGCCUCUUAAAGAUAUUGUAGAUCUGCCAUUACAUUUUUGCAGUGUUAACUAUAACAUUUAUUUAUAAAGCAAGGAGGUUUAACUUUUAUUGAGAUGUAAAGUGCAGAGUUAGUUUAGCUACAUUCUAUUUUUUUUUUUUUCCUUUUGGCUGAAACCUGAACUGAACUGCAGGAAUGGAAUUUGUUAAUUUGUGAGCUGAUGAGCGCUCUUAACUUUAAAUAAUAAAACAAAAAAUAGCUGCUAGAAUGCAAGUGCCU